AUGCGCCCCGGGUUCACUCAUCGUGAACCUUUUGACCUUGACUUCAACAAGGUGUACUUUGGAAAGGUCAUACACAUUGACAGGAUCGAGGGACAGAACUGGACCGAUCGUCCUGCAAUCGUCACAGGCGUGAAUAUGACCUCGCGCCGCGUUCGAGUCUUCACCGUCUACUCGUUCACUGAAGCUGGCGGGUUGGAGAACAGGUAUAACAGUCUUUACUACAAGAGCCAGGCACAGCGGGAGCAUGAUAUGCGCAACUUCAUACUCAUAAGCAACCAGACGUCGGUCACUAGAGCUCAUCUUGGAACGCCGGUGGUCCGCCUGCAGGGAGGCCAGAUGGCUAAGAGCUGCUGGGUGAACACGGCAGAAGUCAGGGAGCUGUCGUUUGACAGGGUCUGCGCAGAGUCUGUUGGUCAUGCGUUGAACGAAGUGCGGCUGCCGUUGGAUCAGAUGAAAAUUCUCAAGACGCAUGUUCGCUAUCAGGGAAACAGUCUGUUUCCCUCGGAGGAGGCUGGCCGCCUGAAGCAGUAUGAUGGUUCGUGGGAUGGUUUCAAGGACUAUCAGAAGGAGGGUUCUGGAAGGAUUAGGAAUUAG